CAUAACACUGUGGUCCGUUGGCUUGAGUCCCAGUUAAUUGUUUAAUGUCCAGUCCUGUCUUCUCUCUCAGGAAUACGUUCACAUGGUAGUUUUAUGGAGGCCGCCAGGUGCGUCUCACAGACAGCAAACAUGAGUCGCUUUCUGAAUGUCCUGAGGAGCUGGUUGGUGAUGGUGUCCGUCAUCGCGAUGGGGAACACCGUGCAGAGUUUCAGAGAUCACAGUUUUUUGUCAGAGAAGCUCUACACAGGAACACCAGAGUUUGUAAAUGGUCUCCAAGCUCGAACUUUUGGUAUUUGGACGUUGCUGUCGUCGAUCAUUCGCUGUUCCUGUGCCAUUGAUAUCCAGAACAGAACGCUGUAUCACAUCACCUUAUGGACAUUCGUGUUAGCGCUGGGUCACUUCCUGUCUGAAGCCUUCAUCUACAAAACAGCUCCUCUGACUAUCGGGGUCAUGGCACCUCUCAUUGUGGCAAGUUUCUCCAUCAUAGGAAUGCUGAUUGGAUUUCAGUGCAUCCCAGAGUCACAAGAGGAAGUCGGCGCACGACAGAAGAAGCGUAACUGAAACCCAGCUGUUUGAUUUCCCUCCCACCUCCACAAUGAUCAGCAGACACUAGUGGACUGGUCCUAGCGUGCUGCUUCUUGCCGUGAAGAACAUGAGAUCUGGUCGUAUGUCAGUUUCCUACACUAACACUUUAUAUAGACUAUAUUCAUCUCUAUCUGAGCUGUAUUUGAUGUUUUUUUAAACUGACAGCUCACAGUGCAAUCACAAACAGAGUGACAGAAGGUCAUGUUACACUACAGUGAGCAAUAUGUGCAGUGUUAUACUUAUGGAGGUUUCAUUGAGUUAAUUUUGU